AAGACAACAAUCUUAGCUUUCUUCCCCACAAUUUCUCCCCCUUGAGUCUGUGUCUGGAUUUUCAUCUCUGAUCCAAACUCUUGAAGCUUAAGAACCUGAGCCUUAUUGAACUCGAACGUGCCAAGUUUUUGUGUUGCACGUUUUGCUGCUUUAAACUUUGUUGAGGACAGAAUUUGCAUUUCCCUUUGGAAUUCUGGUCUUAGACUUCUUAGGCUAUCCCGGUCACCAAGGUUAUUGUGAAGAUAAAAUGAGUAUUGUUUAUAGUCAUGCUGUGAAGUAUUCCCAAGGAGAGACAAGGAUGAACCCUGAAAUGGAUCCAAAUAUUGGUCAACAUUGUCACCAACACAAUUCUGGCCUAACGCGGUACCGUUCUGCCCCAAGCUCAUUGCUCACAAGCCUUGUGAACAACAACAACAACAACAUUGGUUGUGUGAAUGGUGAAGCUUUCAGAAGUGACCAUAAUGAUCAUCAGCAGCAGCAGCAGAAUUAUCCUCCCACCACAAGUUCAGAAAUGGAGACCAUGUUGGCCAAGUUGAUUUCUUCAACCAAUUCUGAGCCUUUGCAAGUGAAGCAAGAAGCAGGGGACUCUGUUUCACAGCCACCACCACAAAACAGUGGUUACUCCUAUGGGCCUUCACCUCAGAUAAUGUACCAAACUCAGCAAAUUCAAGGCUUGCCAAUGCCAAAUGGCUCUCUGGGUGCUUCAGGGAAUGCUUUUGAUGGCUCAUUCAGUGCAGUGAGUUCCCUGCCCUCACAGAAUUCUACACAAACUAAAAUGAGUGCCUCCAACCAUUGUUCCAAUCUCAUUAGGCAAAAGAGUUCCCCUGCUGGGUUCUUCUCCAAUUACUCAGUUGAUAAUGCUUUGAGAGAUGUAGCAAGUUUUAGGGGCUGUGAUGUCUCAAACGGACAAGCUAUUACAACCACCAGUGGACUGCAUGGUACUUUGAACUUCUCAUCUAGGGCAUCCUCUUGCUCCACCCGGAUGCCACAGAUUGCUGAAAAUGGAAAUGAAGGUGUGGAAACAAAUUGUGUUGAAAGUAGAAACCUGAGAAAUGACAAUGGCAACUCCAAAUGUUACAUGCCUUCUUUCACCAGUGACUUCUGGGAUGCUUCUGCAUUCAGUGCCUCCAAAGCUAGCAACAAUGCUGAAAUCUCGUUUUCCACUUCAAAUGCUAUGGAUAUUCAGGAUGCUGAUUUUGGAUAUCAAAAUGUUGGUUUGACCCACCAUUUGAGUCUGCCUAGCUCUUCUACUAAGAUGGCUACCAUGCAGAAAUUUUAUCAGAUUCAAGGAUCUGUUCCAUGUAAAAUUCGUGCCAAGAGAGGCUUUGCUACACACCCAAGAAGCAUUGCAGAGAGGGAAAGAAGAACACGAAUUAGUGCAAGAAUCAAGAAAUUGCAAGACCUUUUCCCAAAAUCGGACAAGCAAACAAGCACAGCAGAUAUGUUGGAUUUGGCAGUUGAUUACAUUAAAGACCUACAGAAACAAGUUAAGAUGCUCACAGAUACUAGGGCAAAGUGCACUUGUACAAGUAACCAGAAGCAAUAUUCUAGACCUUGUGCCUGAUUUAUAUCCUUGUAGAUAACCAAAGGAAGGAUUUCUUAUUUUUGUAUUUAUUCUUUGUUGUACCAAAAUUUAGAGCCAUUGUCAUUAUGUAGAAUAGUGCUGAUAUUUGCUAGUAUCUAAGAAUUUAGGUCCAGCUCCGUGUGAAUCUCUUUCCAGUUUUGUUUUUUCAUUUUCCCUCUUUUUUUUUCUUUCUUUCCUUUACUUGGUUUAAGGAUCAUUCAUUAUGUACUAAUAAGUUUAGAAAGAGUCAUUGUAAAUGCUCAUCAUUUUAUUCAUAAGAGGUUUGUUCUUGAGAAACUAU